UCAUUACAAAUUUACGAUUUGUACUUGAUGAACUCGGGUCAUUUGAAUGAAAUUAAAAAAAAAUUGAAGAUAACUUAUUAGUAAUAUUUUUCAGUGUUAUGAACGAAACUUUUAAAAACUUUACGCGUGUUAUUACAUAGGAUAAAUAUUGGAAACUUAAGCCUUAGAAAUUAUACCUCAUAGUUGUAAAAGAUAUUCUCAAUAUGGGGGAUUUUAUAAAGGGUUUAUUGGUAUCUGCUUUAUCUAAAAAGUGUUUUGAUGAGUACUUUACAAAAUACAACUUUUUUGAUGUUCCCUGUUUUAAAAGUUCGCUAAGUACAGGUCUUGGUAUCGGCAUUAUUGCUGGAUCUAUAUUGGUGAAAGUACCACAAAUAUUAAAAAUCCUUAACAGUAAGAGUGCUGAGGGAAUUAAUAUUUUUGGUGUAUACUUGGAACUGUUUGCCAUAACUGCCAAUUUCACAUACAGUUAUGUUAUGAACUUUCCCUUUAGUGCAUGGGGUGAAGGAACAUUUCUUGCAAUUCAAACAGCAACUAUUGCUGCUCUAGUCUUGCACUACGGUGGAUCUCCGACCCAGGCUGCUAUCUUCUUGUCCACUUACCCAGCGGUAGUAUCUGGGCUAGUCAGUGGGUACACUCCAUUAAAUGUGUUAUGGACUAUGCAGGCUGUGAAUGUGCCUAUAAUUUUAAUAGCUAAGGCAAUUCAAGUAGUCACUAAUUAUAAAAAUGGCAGCACAGGCCAGUUGUCGGCAGUAACUUGCUUCCUUCUAUUUGCUGGAAGCAUUGCAAGGAUAUUCACAUCUAUCCAAGAGACAGGCGACAUGAUCAUCAUUGUCACAUACUGUGUGUCAACAAUAGCCAAUGCAGCAUUAGUCUUCCAAUUAUUCUGGUAUUGGAAUGUUGAUACAAAGUCAACAAAAAAUAAGAACAAAAAGAAGAAGCGCACAUAGGCUGUGGAUUUUUAUAAGUGGAACAAUAAAUGGUUUUAUUUAUUA